GAGUUCAGGCUGUCCUGCCCGCCGACUCCCAGGCCGAGCUGUGCGGAGCUGGAUGCGAGCGAAGUGGACUCCAUCCAGGACCAGGUUGAGAGCAACCGAUUGUUGGCACUGCUCGUCCAUGUUCUGGCUGGGAGAAUCCUUUGCUUUGGCUUCGCAGGACUCAGGGCGACAAUGCUCGCCAAGGCACCUUCCAAGCGGGCAGGGGGUCCCAAUGCCGACUUUGCCUCUGUGCUCGACAGCGCUGUGGUGCACUCAGAGGCUACGAAGGAUGAAGACGGCAAGAACGCGACUCCAGAUCCGUGCAUGAAAGAUGUAGACGGCGUGAAGCCAGAGAUAGUUGGGGCAGAGGCGGUACCCAACAACGGUGCCCUUGCGAGUGGGGAGCAGGUGGACAUCUAUGAGUUCUGCAACAUCGGCUUCCUGCUCCAGUAUUUUGCUGUUGGCUUUCUCAAUGUUCCGGGCUAUGUCUAUGCCACUGCGGCGGUUGUCACCACCAUGCCAUGGAGCUUCAAGCUUUUCUUCGGCUUCUUAAACGACUGCUUCCCGAUCUUGGGGUACCGAAGGAAGCCGUACAUGGUCAUUGGUUGGACCGUUUGCUUCAUGACACUGCUGGUCCUUGGCACAAGGCCACUUCCCGAGCCGUACUUCUGCGUGGCACCAGAUGGCAAUUUCGACAAG